AAUAAAUUUUGUACAUCCGAUAGAAUGAGAAAAUGAAUUUUGUACAAACCACUCAAGAAUUCAAAACAAUUGUCAAAGUUUUCUUCUCAGCCGUGUGUCCUCCUCUCCUAGCCGCCACAUCUCACACACUAAUGCUAACCACGCGAUGUAACCGUAAGCGCUGAGUUUUUGCAUUUCAGAUUUCACUUCCACCAAACAAAACUCGCCACGUCAUCAAUACGAAUCAUUCCGUAUAAACGUCUAGAUUCUUUACAGCCUACAAUGUUCUCUUCUUUGGUCGGCCAUUAUUUAACGCUUUGAACCUAAAUCUAGCCCAGCCAACGAAGAAGACGAAGCAAAUCCAAACCAAAGUUCUCCAUUUUCGUAGCUUCUUUAAGCUUUUUCAGUAUCAUAGAGACACUUUUUUUUUUUUGAUUAGAAAUGGCUUUAGCUGUUACUUCUUCUUCAACUGCAAUCUCUGGAUCGAGUUUCUCUCGUUCUGGAGCUUCUUCUGAAUCUAAAGCUCUUCAAAUAUGUUCGAUUAGGUUAUCUGAUCGAACCCAUUUGUCUCAGAGACGUUACUCUAUGAAACCUUUAAACGCUGAGUCACAUUCACGAAGCGAAUCUUGGGUUACUCGUGCUUCAACUCUAAUUGCUCCUGAAGUUGAAGAGAAAGGAGGAGAAGUUGAAGACUUUGAGCAACUUGCUAAAAAGCUUGAAGAUGCUUCUCCACUUGAAAUCAUGGAUAAAGCUCUUGAGAGAUUCGGAGACCAAAUCGCAAUUGCUUUUAGUGGAGCUGAAGAUGUUGCAUUGAUUGAAUAUGCACGUUUAACUGGAAAGCCAUUUAGGGUUUUUAGUUUAGAUACAGGGAGAUUAAACCCUGAAACGUACAGGCUCUUUGACGCAGUCGAGAAGCAGUACGGGAUUCGAAUUGAGUACAUGUUUCCUGAUGCAGUUGAGGUUCAAGCUUUAGUGAGGAACAAGGGUUUGUUCUCAUUCUAUGAAGAUGGUCAUCAAGAGUGUUGCCGUGUGAGGAAAGUUAGACCUUUGCGUCGUGCUCUUAAGGGUCUUAAAGCUUGGAUUACAGGACAGAGGAAAGACCAAUCUCCGGGUACGAGAUCUGAGAUCCCUAUUGUUCAGGUUGAUCCAGUGUUUGAAGGGUUAGAUGGCGGUGUUGGAAGUCUUGUGAAGUGGAAUCCUUUGGCUAAUGUUGAAGGAGCUGAUGUGUGGAACUUUCUGAGAACUAUGGAUGUUCCGGUGAAUGCAUUGCACGCACAAGGGUAUGUGUCAAUCGGGUGUGAGCCGUGUACUAGGCCGGUGCUUCCAGGCCAACAUGAGAGAGAAGGAAGGUGGUGGUGGGAAGAUGCUAAAGCUAAAGAAUGUGGUCUACACAAAGGGAACAUCAAGGAGGAAGAUGGUGCUGCAGACUCAAAGCCUGCUGCUGUGCAAGAGAUAUUUGAAAGCAACAAUGUGGUUGCAUUGAGCAAAGGAGGGGUUGAGAAUCUUUUGAAGCUAGAGAACCGUAAAGAGGCGUGGUUGGUCGUACUUUACGCUCCUUGGUGCCCUUUCUGCCAGGCGAUGGAAGCAUCGUACAUCGAAUUGGCUGAGAAACUUGCGGGAAAAGGAGUUAAAGUGGCGAAAUUCCGAGCUGACGGUGAGCAGAAGGAGUUUGCUAAGCAAGAGCUUCAGUUAGGGAGCUUCCCGACGAUACUUCUCUUUCCGAAAAGAGCUCCACGGGCUAUUAAGUACCCUUCAGAGCAUAGAGAUGUUGAUUCACUCAUGUCGUUUGUGAAUCUUCUUCGGUGAGUUAUGAGAUAGAAAAUAAAAAGAGGGUGAUGAAGAAUGAAAGAGAAUUGAGAUGAAGGAGUGAUUUCAUCUUGGUUAUAAUAUUGUGGACGUCAGAGAAUAAACAAGAGUUAUUACUCUUCUACAUGACUUUGUAUAUUUGUAUUGUAGGGGUUUUUAUAGACUCUUUUUGUUACCUCUAUGUAUCUUUUUUGGUCUACUUUUGAGUUCUACUUUUGUUUAUAACGUUUUUCUCCUUGUUUAUCAAAUAUAAUUCAGCAAAUC